UUUUCUAUUAUAAAAAAUAAAAAAGACUUUAGAAAAUAUCUACUUCUACUUAUUUAUAUAGAGAGAGAGAUUGAUUUAAAGAAAAAAUACAAGAAGAAGUUUGUUGGAAAAUCCCUAAUUUCUUCUAGCUAGCAUACAUAGGAAGAAACAUAUUGUAAGACUGUCACGUCAUACCCAUAUAUAAAAUAUUCCAAUGAAACAAACAUUUCAACCAAAGCACGACCAAUUCAAAUUCCUAAUUAAUAAAGUCACCAUAUCCAUACGUUCAAAAAUAAAUCAUAGAAAUUGACAAUUUGACAUUCAUUAAUUAGUAAGCAAGAAACUUAAUUAAUUAGUACCGUUGUUGCUAUAAAUUGACAUUUAGGCUCUGGUGGUAGAUGUCCAAACUUGGUAUCCUAUUUACAAAUUACAUAAUUAAUUAUAAUGGAAGAAGUCAAGCUCCUUGGAUUUUGGCCAAGCUUUUUUGGCUAUAGAGUGAUAUGGGCUUUGAAGCUGAAGGGUGUGAAAUAUGAGUACAUAGAAGAGGAUUUGAGCAACAAGAGUGAUAUGCUACUUCAGUACAACCCAGUUCACAAGAAGGUUCCGGUUCUUGUUCAUGGUGGCAAACCUAUGGUUGAGUCCCCUAUCAUCCUUGAAUACAUCGAAGAAACUUGGCCUCACAACCCUUUGCUGCCAAAGGAUCCUUACGAAAGGGCAUUAGCUCGGUUUUGGAUUAAAUUUGAAGCCGAUAAGAAUCCUAUUUUCGCUGCAUUUUUCCGAUCUACAAAAGAGGAGCUUGAUGAUCAGAAUGCAAUAAAAGAAAUCGCGGAAUAUCUGAAAAUCUUGGAAGAGCAAGCUCUAGGGGACAAAAAGUAUUUUGGUGGAGACAAUAUAGGAUUAGUAGACAUAACAUAUGGAUGGCUGUGUCACUGGUUUAAGAGCAUGGAAGAAAUGAGAGGGGUUAAACUGCUAGAACAAAGUACUGUGCCUCGCUUGCAUGCAUGGGCUGAGAAUUUCAAGCAACUUCCUAUAAUCAAAGAAAACCUACCUGACUAUACACAGUUGUUGGCACAUGGUAAAUCCUUCAGGGAGAAAUUGUCUGCCUCUGAUCUACCCAGUAAUUAAUGCCCGCUAGCGGCUUGCAUAAAUCUUAUAUAUCCUAUCAGACUCUACUAUGUUUCAUUUGAAAUGAAGAAAAUUCCUUUAUCGAUUAGAACAUUUUGUUUCUAGUAUUUGACAAAG